UGAGUAAAAAAAUCGAUUCAAUCGAUUUCGGAUCGAUUUCAUUUAAAUUUUGCAAUAUCGAUUCAUAGGGCAUGCGAUCGAUUUUUUUUUCCCCAUGAACCCCAGUGGUCUUGCGCGCGACGAAACCGCGGCGCGUUUACGCCCGGUUCACGUUCACAAGCGUGCAUACACACAAUGGCCGAUGCAAGUAAAACUCCGCUCAGCAAGCCGUCCCAGCUGAAGUCUGACGUCUGGAACCAUUUCGGAUUUAAAACAACACCGGACAAAGAGCUGGAUAAAACCAAAGUGGUUUGCAAGAUCUGCCAAGCGGAGGUCAGUUAUUGUAGAAAUACUACAAACCUCAGAAACCACUUAACGAGGUAUCACACUACGCUAACAUUAGCUUCCGACAACAAGCCGUCAGGGGCAAAACAAAAGAAACUGAGGGAAUCACUAACAUUACCAGCCGAUUCGCCGCGAGCCAUAAAGAUAACAGAGGCCAUCGCAACUUUUGUUUGCAAAGAUUUACGCCCGUACUCGGUAGUGGAAAACGAAGGCUUCAGGCGACUCCUUCAGGUGCUCGAACCACACUACGUUAUGGUGCAACGUAAACAUCUGACUGAAACUGUUAUCCCAAUGAUGUAUACACGUGUGAAAGACGACAUCCUAACGAAAAUGCAGUCAGCAGAGAGGGUCGCCAUAACCUGUGACACCUGGACAUCACUGUCAACGCAGUCGUACAUGACAGUGACUUCUCACUACAUCGACAACGAGUGGUGCCUCAUGUCUCAUGUGCUACAGACCACCGAGGUUCUCACGAGCCACACUGCUAUUAAUAUAGCCGAUAUGUUGACGGGGGCCAUACAGGAGUGGGGACUGACCAGCAAAGACCCAGCAGUCGUGACGGACAACGCUGCAAAUAUGGUUCGUGCGGUGGAGAUAAUGCAGCUAAUGCACGUCGGGUGCUUCGCGCACACACUGAACUUAGCCUCACAAGCAGGUCUAAAAGUCCCAGCCGUGUCACGUCUGCUGGCUCGAGUGAGGCGUAUAGCAACGUUCUUUCAUCGGAGUACGAUGGCAAACCACAUACUAAAAGAAAAACAGAAGCUGCUUCAACUGCCAGCACACAAGCUAACAGUAGACGUUGUGACGAGGUGGAACAGUGCACUGGACAUGCUGGAGCGCUUUUUAGAACAACAGCCAGCUAUUUCUGCCACUCUCCUUUCACAAGACGUGCGCAGGAAUGAAACAGAUCUGUGCACCUUAACAGAGGAGGAUGUAACGAUUGCAGAAGAUUUGGUGCGGGUCUUGAAACCAAUGAAAGAAGCUACACUGGCCAUGUCGGAGGACAAGCAACCAACUCUGUCCGUCAUCGCCCCACUUCUCGCCCUGCUGCAGGAGGCCUUGACCCCCAGCAUCGAAGACUCCACCGUGGUGAGGGACUUGAAGGCUGCUGCAAAGAAUAACUUGAGGACAAGAUAUGAUGCGCAGAAGGACAUAUUGUAUGCAGCAUCAGCGCUGGAUCCUCGCUUUAAGGCCCUACCAUUCCUGUCUGCUAAAGAGCAAGAUGACACCUUCUCCAGACUGCAGACUGAGGCUGCCACUGCUGCACGUGAUCAAAAUACUGAUGGUAAUGAUGCUGAUGAAGGAGCUGAGGAGAUGGGGGAAGCGACUUCGCCCAAGAAGCCCAAGAAAUCCAGCACCUUGGAGUCUCUUCUUGGGGCAGUCUACUUACCAACAGCAAAGGAAAAUGGCCAUAAAACUCCAGCCAUGAAGGCUGGAGAUGAAAUCAGAAGAUACAGGGCAGAACAACCUGCUGGGCUGAAUGAAAAUCCUCUGACCUGGUGGAGGUCAAAUGAAAGGGAGUAUCCACUGUUGGCUCGCCUGGCGAAGCAAUACCUUUGCGUCCCAGGGACCAGUAUUGCGUCAGAGAGAGUGUUUUCAACUGCGGGUGAUAUUGUCACCGCAAAAAGGAGCUGCCUAACCCCAGAUCAUGUCAAUGAGCUCCUUUUCCUAAACAAAAAUCUCACAAUUACCAAGUGAGAACAAAGUCACAAUAACAGGGCUUGACUGGACAGUUUAAGUUUACUUUUAGUUUUGUUACCAUUAUUAUUAUUAUUAUUGCACUUUAAGAAACAGUGAUGGAAUGUUGUAGUUGAAUUAUUUGUCAAGAUUGCACUUUUGAAACUUGAAUUUUUUGUUUACAGGUCUAGUUUAAAAUGUCCAAUUCACAAGCUUAAAACCUGUUUUGUUGAAGAUAAAAAAUAAAGUGUAUUUUGUAACACA